UCAGUCAAAAACCACAGUUUAAUUUAUAUAUUCAAAUUUAACUCGAUGCUAGUUUGUUCAAGUCAGGAUGAUCUGCCAGAGAUAGACACGCUAUUAGGAAGAGUUCAAGGAUAUUGGAAGACAUUAGAAGGCAUAACUUAUGCUGCCUUUGAGGGAAUCCCGUACGCAAAACCACCAGUGGGCGAUCUGAGGUUCGAGGAACCUGAACCUAUUACAGCUUGGUCAGGAACUUGGGUGGCCAACGCUCCACAUAUAUGUCUCCAAGGUCAAAUACUUUCCACUUCUGAAGAUCUAUCUGGAGACGAAGAUUGCCUCUACUUAAACGUGUACAUCCCUGAAGAUUCCGUGAAGAACCCCAAGGCCCUUGACGUAAUAGUUUCGAUCCAUGGUGGUGCCUUUAUGGGAGGCAGCGGACACUGGGAUUUGAAUACGUUCUUAGAAAAGGAGGUCGUGCUUGUAUCUUUUAAUUACCGUCUUGGUAUUCUAGGAUUCCUUAGCACGGAAGAUGACGUCAUACCCGGAAAUAACGGCAUGAAGGACCAAGUCCUAGCACUCAAGUGGGUCCGGGACAACAUCGCUUCGUUUGGAGGAAACCCCGACUCCGUUACUAUAGUGGGCUUGUCAGCGGGAGCCGGCAGCGUCCACCUCCACUACUUCUCCCCCCUCUCGGAAGGUUUAUUCAUCAGAGGGAUGUCGCACAGCGGCACAGCCCUGGGACCGUGGGCAAUAAGGAGGAAUCCUUUUCAAGCCGCUAAGAAACUUGCUGUGUUGGUGGGCUGUCUAGACAGCCCCUCGGAAGAACUGAAGAAGUGCCUUAAGCAGAGACCUGCACAAGAUUUGCUGAAGCAGUUGAAGUAUUUCUAUGGUUACGACAGCAUGCCAUUCUCGCCUUUUGCACCAGUGGUGGAAAAAGGGUCAACAAACGCUUUUCUAGACGCGGAACCUUACCAGCUUUUGAAGGAAGGUAAAGUCCACGAUGUGCCUUGGAUAACCUCCUUCACUACCGGUGAAGGAUUGCUUCUUACAGGAUAUUAUUGGGAAAAAUUGGAAGAGGUAGACGAAAAGUGGGUAGAAAUAGCUCCUUAUCUGCUAAUUUGCAACGAGACUUUACCUGUAUCGGAGAGGGAAACAGUAGCGAAGGAAGUUUUAGACUACUAUUUGGGACCAGGAGAAAAAAUCAGUAAAGAUAAUUACAAAAAAUUUACACAGAUGCUCAGUGACAGGUUGUUCUCUGUUUCUGCAGAACUGUCCGCUAAACUGCAAGCCAAGGUGACGAAAUCUCCAGUACAUCUGUACAUAUUCAAUUACACCGACGGUGAAAACAAAGCGAUACAACUCUUAACUGGGAUAGAUGAAAUAGAAGGUGUGUAUCACACUGAAGAUUGCAUGUACUUCUAUGGUUUACUACAUAUAAAACCGUUAUCGGAACAGGAUAAGCGCUUGGUUACUGCCUGCCAAAAUAUGUUGUACUCAUAUGCCAGCAGCGGUAAUGCUUCUUUCGAUGGUACAGACGGUUGGCAAUCAACGGGAUCUGAAAAGCUGACAUACUUGUUCAUAAAUGGACCAGAAGACAUGAAGCUGCACAGAAGUGAAAGUGUGACCCCUAUCGACUUUUGGAGCAAGCUUGGACUCUUGGAAUAUGAAAACCUCGUUGUAAAACAUGAACUGUAGUUUGUUUUCCGUAUUGUCUUUGUUUUAUAAUCAUCUUAAAUUUUAAUAAUAUUUUAUAUAUGUAUAAAAUACCAUAAACGAU